AGCUCCCAGUGCCACUGCCCUUUAAAAGGCGGCAGCGGCUAGGGCCGACCCCGUGGAGGCGAGCGGCGGAUGCGGGAUGGCGGGGAGUAGCGACCCGGUUGUCCUAGAAGAUUACCUUCUGGCAGAAGAUGCGCCUUUGCUGGAGGAAAUGGCUGAGGAGGAUGAAGAGAUUGACCUGUACAAUGACAUGACCUUUGGGUUAGAUCGAGACUCCAUGGAAGAGGAGGUGGCCAAAGCCCCAGCCCCUCAAGAUAAAGACCCUGAGCCAAGUCCCAUGGACAAGAGUAUUGAAGAAGGGACAGUGAUGGAGGAGGAUGAGGAGAGCAAGGCUGUGGAGGAGCCUGGGCCUGAGGCAGAAGAGAAGCCUUCUAUUCUAGAGGAGAUGGAUGAGGCAGAGGAAGAGCAUGAAGGGGAGCCUGGGACUCGGCUAGAGGACUAUGGUGACAUAGAGGAAGAGGGGGAGCUAGGGGCAGAUGAGCAUGAGGAGGAAGAGGAGGAGGAGGAGGAGGAAGAGGAGGAGGAUGAGCAGGAGGAAGGGGAGCAGCAGCACCAUGAUGACAGGGACUCCAAGGAACAAAAUGACCUGGGAGACCCAGCAGUGAUGAGAGCAGUGCAUGGCAAGCCCACCCUAGAGAGUCUGGACUCCGCAGUUGUGGACAGCAGCAUUGGUUCCAGCUGGGAAGGGUACAAAGCAGAUGAUUUGGUGCUUGCAGAUGUGUGGUCUUCAUCCCCUGGCAGCAUCCCAUCACAUCACAUGCUGGAGGACAAAGCCAUCCUUCAAGUGCUGGAAAGGGUCCCCCCCACAUCUCACAUGAGCCUGGACUUCCUUGGCUCCCCAGUGCAGAGAGGGUACCCAGGCUCCCCAGGACUCAAGCGUCCAAACUUCAGGAUGAUGUCCCCUAAAUCCUUCCCUCAGCGAUUCAUGCGGCAGCAGUCUCCCAUGAUGCCUCGCUCCCUGUACUCCCCUCGGCCCUUCACGCCACCUCGCAGAGCUUCUCCUCUCUUCACUCCCAGUCAGAGCUCAGAGUACACAUCUCCAAUGCCCUUCAGGCCCAUGUCACCCAAUAUCAGGACACCAACGCAGCCCUUGGGUAUGCGCUUCGGCCCCAUGUCACCUUCUCUUGACCCCUCGCUCUUCUUUAGUCCGUCAGCUGGCCUCCAAGGGAAGUUCAGUGUGCCCAGCCACAUGACUCAGCUGCACCCCCAGCAUCAGCGGAUCCUGAACCAACGGCAGCAGCGAGGGCAGGUGCAGAGCAUCUCCCCCAAGAAGCCCUGGUCCCCAAAAGCAGACCCCUAUGCUGGGCUCAUGACUCUUAAAGAGAAGGACUGGGUCAUCAAGGUGCAGAUGAUGCAGCUGCAGAGUGAGAAUCCCCACUUGGAUGACUACUAUUACCAGGCAUAUUACCACCGGUUGGAGCGAAAGCAGGCAGAGGAGGAGCUUUUUGGGGGCCGGAGCAAGCAGGAGCCUCCCAAGCUAGUCACGCCUUAUAUCCAGAAGAUGGAGACCUACGACUCUGUGGUGCGCAUAGCAGGAUCACUGGGCCAGGUUGCCAUGUCCACAUGCUACAGCCCCCGCAGGGCCAUUGAUGCUGUGCACCAUGCCCUACUGGAAGAGGGUGCUGGGUCUCAGCUGAUGAAGGCUCCCCCCACUUAACUUGUCACAUUUCUCCAGAUGUUUCUGCAGCUGUUGGAUGUGGAGGAAACGCAGCAGAAAAUGACCCUGGCACCAGAGGAACAGCACCCGCGCUUCCGGGAGAAGAAGAGCCAUGAAGUGGGCCGCAUCUUCCACACCCUGAAGACUGGGGCGUGCGGCACUGAGGAGGAGGCAGAGGAUGAGUUUCUGCAAGUGCUGUGUGUGCGGAAGGGCAAGAAGCUGACGGCACGGCUGCUGCCCCACCUGGCACGGGAGCAGGCCGAGGGGAUCCUGGUUGCCAUCACCCGCCACCUGCCAUUCCUCAUGAGGAAGGAUGUACUGGAUGAGUCACUUCCAGUUCUCUACGGCCCCCUCAGCGAGAUGGUGGGCAAGAUGACCUUCAGUGAGCUCAUUGAGGUCCUGCAGGAGCUAACUAGACCGCUACCUGACUCUCUAGAGUUGCCACUCGCCAUGGCCCUGAAGAACCAGUUUGGGAUCUCGCUUCUGUACUCACUGCUGAGCCAUGGUGAGAAACUGCUCUCCUCGGACGUGCCCUUGGAGCCGCAAAGCGGGGACUUUGAGAAAUGGACUGACACUGUAUUCCUGGUUGCCAGAGAGCUGUCCCAAGUGCCCAAGACCUCUCUGGUGGAGCCUCUUGUCCUCCCCAGCAACCUCCUCUCCUUGUUCUGCCGCUACCUAGAUAAGCAGACCAUCCACCGGCUGGAGGUCAAGAUGGAGUGUGCCUCGCUACCUUCAGAGACUGCUAUGCUAUGCUGAGGUGGCCUAGCCUUGGAGAAGAACAGAUUAAACCAGCUGCCAGGCAGUGAUACUUAUCCCUCCCAAGGUGCAUGGGCAGGGAACAUGAUGCAAUGACUUUGAGUUUUGAAAUUGGACAGUACUUUGGCGCAAGGGGCCUUUGUGUUUUUUGCCUGGGCACAGCUAAGAGCAUUACACAAGGGCCUGGUUGUGGCCCUGGCCACAGCCAGUGCCUGGGAGCACAGCACAGACACGGGUAACUUAUUUGGGCCUCAUCCAGCAGGAAUGGGCACUGUGGUCCAGCUGGUGUAGGGUAGGUCUGUACAGUUGGACACUGGGAGCACCUGGCUGGGAGGGUGAUUUUUGAGUUCAUGUACAGCACUCACCACAAUAAAAGUGGCUUAUGAGAA